UUUUUCCUUGCCUUGGUCCUGCAUGUGCAAUCUUGCAGAACGUAAGAAAACAAGGGAACAUAUUCAACCCUGCAUUCAUCGACGAACUCUGAGGAAAUGGAUCAGCGUGUGCCACCGGAAGCACAGGACAUCCUGAGGUGUAUACACUGUGAGGAGCAACCUGUGGAACGCUAUUGUACACACUGCAAAAAUAAAUUCUGCUCAAAAUGCGCAGACGAACACGUCGAAAUCAGUUCUUACUCUCAUCACCAAAUCGUUAAAUAUUCGUCGAUGAUAUACAAGAUGAAUGGUACACAGAUGUGUCUGGAUCACCCGUGCAAGGAAUACACCAUGUGCUGCAAAUUGUGUAGGAUCCCAGUAUGUCAUGAGUGUAUUGACGAGAAACAUGCAAAGCACACUCUUUGUACCAUGGAAAGCAUGUUCGAAGAAUGUAUGAAAAAGAUAGCUGUGGAUGACAUGAAAAUAAAGGCGUCUCUCAAACCUGAGAUUGAAGAACGUCUGUCAAAACUAAAAACCAUUAAAAAUGAUAUUAAAAAGGAAUACCGCCAAUUAAGGGACCAGGCUAUCGAUCAAAAAGAAGUUUUCAGGAAACUUGUGGAUGAAGUUUUCAAGGAAACAAUUAAGUUGGUCGAUGCCAAUGAGAAGAGAGAUAUCGAAGACAUAGAAAAAUACGAAAAAGAAAUGAAUGAACAGAUCCAGAAUUUGGAUGAAAUUUUGGGUUUCUACAGAAGUAAGAUGAUUGCUCAUCCAUCAGAGCUCAUUUUCUACAUAAAGAACCACCCCGAAGAUGCAACUUCUUCAAAUUUGUCCGAGGUCUUAGGUUUCACCCCUCCAGUGUUCCAAAAGGGAUUUCUUAACAAAGAUCAUAUAAAAAGUCAGUUUGGGUCCAUUUUGCCAUCUGUGAUAACACAAGCAGUGGAGGCGUCUGCAGAAAAAAAGAACAUCCAAUCUGCAGAACCGGAAGAGCACAUUCCAUGUCAAGAAGAGGAGCAGCAAGAGGACAGAAAAGUUCUGCCUUUCCCAACGUGCCUGUUUGAGUUUGAAUUAGGUGUAUCCGACACAUACUUUGUAAAGUAUGUUAAUUCUAAAAAGUUCCUAGUAAGUGGCAAACAAAAAGACAUAAUUGUUGUAAAUGAAGGAGGCAAGCGUAUCUGUGCAAUUUCCACAUUAACAGGGAUUGGAUAUCCAUCUGGGUUGGCGCCUACAAAAGAUGGAGGCAUACUUUAUUCGGACAACAAGAACAAAUGUAUCCGAAAAGUUAGUCCUGAUAAUAUCGAUAAUGUCGCUUUCCGUACAAAUGGUCGACCUCUUGGCAUAUGUACCACGCGUUCCGGUGACGUCAUUGCUUGUCUGCAGGAUUGUCCUGGCGGGAAAGUUGUAAAUUAUGACGAAAGAUGGAACGUAAGGCUUGAACUUACUCAUCAAUAUGUGAUUGAACCAUUUUGCGUCUGCUUGAAUAUUAACAAUGAUUUUUGCAUCUCCGACGUCAGUUCCCAAAAAGUAAUUGUCGUAGACAGAAAUAACGAGGAGAGAUUCGUUUACGAGGGUGGUUACUCUUGGUUGAGCACAUUCUGGAAGUUCUUUCCAUGUGAUCUUGCAACAGAUAGUCUUGGACACAUCCUUAUAGCAGAUCGAGAGAACGCCACCAUUCACAUCAUUGACAAAGAUGGAUAUUUCCUGAGAUAUCUACUUACAAAGAAAGACGAAUUGGUUUGGCCCCAUGGACUUUGCAUAGAUAACAAAGACAGAUUGUGGGUGGCUGAUCAAGUCAGUAGUAAAAUAAGAGUUUUUGAGUACCUCAAAUAGUGAAGUAUCCACAAAGUACAUUAGAAACAGACGGAAAACC